GAGCAGCAACAUUAAAGAGAAGAUGUAUUAACUAGUAGAGAAAAAAAGGAACAGAUUUUGAAGAAGCCCUUUUUAUUUCCAGGGUUGAUUACAACUAUACUUUUAAGAUGACCACUAACACAAACUCUUCUACAUCUUUCCUAAAAUCUAGAACAAGAAAUUCUAGACCACAGGACAGUUAUCUAAGUGAAUUAAAUGAGGACUUGAAAAUAAGAAAACGAGAGUUGGUGGAGAUACUGAAACCCCUGGAAGAGAAGAAUGGCACCUUACUCCAGAACUUAAUGACUAAUUUAGAGGAAAAACAAAAAAGUCUGCAGAUCAUGAGGCAGAUCAUGGCAGAGAAGGGGGGUGAUUCUGAUGAUACCAUAGUCCUAGAGAUGAUCGAGGAAGCAGAAGAGUUAAAACAGAACCUGGAAAAAAAAAACAAGUUGCUUCGAAGAGAAAUGGAGUUGCUGUGGAACAAGCAAGCAAUUGAAGAUGAAUAUCGUAUGCGCCAGAAAGCAAUGCUACUCAAAAGCAAGGCAGAAAUGCAGGAGUUAAAGGAAAGACUUCAGAAGAACAAGGAGCAUUUCACUAUUCAAGAUGAGAUCGAUGAUGUUCAGAAACUUCAUAGUAGAGUGAUUGAGGAGAAGAUUGAAGCUCUGGCAAAACACCAAAAGACAUCUGAUCUGCAUUCAUUACAUUGUUUAAAGCAAGAUUUGGACAUACCUCAAUUUAACUCCAAACUUCUUAUCAGUCCAAGGUAUUCCAGGCUCACCUGCACUGGGAAGAAGUCAGCUUGUGAUUGUGGAAUGUCAGGAAUGCCAAGGGAGAGAAGUGACGCUAAAUCACGAAGCAGCUGGGAUACCGAGGAAUCACCGCAAAGCGCAUCGCUGAAGAAACCAGGUUGUCUAAGAGAUACCUUCUUCUCCGAGGCGUCUCCGUGCCGCCAGUAUUCGUCGUUCUCAUCCCACCCACGCAUCGUUCAAAGCUUCUUGCAAGCUCCCCACGGGGCUCUCCCCCGCCUCCCGGGGAGUGGGCGGCAGUUCUCCAAGGGCAGUAUGUACAGCCCCCAGGAGCCCUACGCCUCGAUUAUCCUACAUGCCAGGGGUCUUCCGUGUCCUCAAAACACCUUCCAGGGAUCUCUAAAGCAAAGACUACGUCGGCGCCACCCCCUCUGGCAAAAGGUGCAGGAAGAGUACUAGGGAGAGAUUUCAGCAGCAUCUUCCAAAAAAAAAAAUCUCUGCUCGGUG